AUAUGGAUGUGAUGAGGCCCUUAAUAAAUGAGCAGAAUUUUGAUGGAACAUCGGAUGAAGAACAUGAGCAAGAGCUCCUGCCUGUUCAGAAGCAAGAGGGUAUUUCAUUUGUACAGACUCUUAUGCAUCUUCUUAAAGGAAAUAUUGGAACUGGCCUUUUAGGACUUCCAUUGGCAAUAAAAAAUGCAGGCAUAGUGCUUGGACCAAUCAGCCUUGUGUUUAUAGGAAUUAUUUCUGUUCAUUGUAUGCACAUUUUGGUACGUUGCAGUCACUUUCUAUGUCAGAGAUUUAAAAAGUCAACGUUAGGUUAUAGUGACACUGUGAGUUUUGCUAUGGAAGUAAGUCCUUGGAGUUGUCUUCAAAAGCAAGCAGCAUGGGGACGGAAUGUGGUUGACUUUUUUCUGGUGAUAACACAGCUGGGAUUCUGUAGUGUUUAUAUUGUCUUCUUAGCUGAGAAUGUGAAACAAGUUCAUGAAGGAUUCCUGGAAAGUAAAGUGCUUGUUCUGAAUAGUACCAGUUCAUCAAAUCCAUGUGAGAGAAGAAGUAUUGACUUAAGAAUAUAUAUGCUUUGCUUCCUUCCAUUUAUAAUUCUCUUGGUCUUCAUUCGUGAACUAAAGAAUCUAUUUGUGCUUUCAUUCCUUGCCAACAUUUCCAUGGCUGUCAGUCUUGUGAUAAUUUAUCAAUAUGUUGUUAGGAAUAUGCCAGAUCCCUACAACCUUCCAAUAGUGGCUGGUUGGAAAAAAUAUCCACUUUUUUUUGGUACUGCUGUAUUUGCUUUUGAAGGCAUAGGAGUGGUCCUUCCACUGGAAAAUCAAAUGAGAGAAUCAAAACGCUUCCCACAAGCAUUGAAUAUUGGCAUGGGGAUUGUUACAACUUUGUAUGUAACAUUAGCUACCUUAGGAUAUAUGUGUUUCCGGGAUGAAAUCAAAGGCAGCAUAACUUUAAAUCUUCCCCAAGAUGUAUGGUUAUAUCAGGCAGUGAAAAUUCUGUAUUCCUUUGGCAUCUUUGUGACAUAUUCCAUUCAGUUCUAUGUUCCAGCAGAGAUCAUUAUUCCUGCGAUCACAUCCAAAUUUCAGGCUAAAUGGAAGCAAAUCUGUGAAUUUGUGAUAAGAUCCGUCUUGGUUAGUAUUACUUGUGCUGGAGCGAUUCUGAUUCCUCGCCUCGACAUUGUGAUUUCCUUUGUUGGAGCUGUGAGCAGCAGCACAUUAGCCCUAAUCCUGCCACCUUUGGUUGAAAUUCUUACAUUUUCUAAGGAACACUACAAUAUAUGGAUGAUCCUGAAAAAUAUUUCUAUAGCAUUUACUGGAGUUGUUGGUUUCUUGUUAGGUACAUAUGUGACUGUUGAAGAAAUUAUUUAUCCUACUCCCAAAGUUAUUCCACAGAGUCCCUCUUUAAAUUUGAAUUCAACAUGCUUUUCAUCUGGUUUGAAAUAGCUGACACAGAAUUACGAGUCUUCUACUUUUGUCUCAGUUCUGAAAAUGAUUAAAAUAAGAACUAGUAGAAUGCAUUGUACUAUACUUAAAAAUAGAAAAACUCUGUUUCCUUUUGACACAAUACUGGUAUUUUGCUGGUAAAUUAUUAUUCUUUACCGGUAGUGGAAAACUAUGACAGAUUCUUAGUUUUAAGUAUUAGCUAGCAAUCAUUUCAAAUUUAGUUUUGAAAAUUGAAAAUUUAAAUGUAAAAAAAAUUCAAGAAUAAAAAAGACUUUUAUUAUUCUUCAUUCAAUCAGAAAUACUUUAACCAAGAUGCUCUCUUUUACCCCAUGCUACUCUUUUGCCACCCAAUAGAGGAGAGAACAGGAUUCCAACAAUACGAGCAUUAAAAGACGUCCGUAACAAAGAUCCCCAGGCCAUCGCAGCAAAUGUCAAAGCACACUUCGUGUAUCAUGUAAAAAUGUCUCGACUAUGUUUUUAUUAGAGAACCAGUUUCUUAUGAUUAGCCCCUGAGAGUAUAGAAAACCCUCACUAACCAUAAUGUAAGCAUCAGAAAUACAUAAAACCAGUAUUAUUUUUACACUACUAUGUAAUACCAGUUGAUCUUCAUAAUGAAAACUACGAGCAUGGUGCAAGAUUCUGGCUUAGUGUUUCACUUAAAUUUGAAAGAGGCUUUAAGGCUACCCAGUACCCAGUACAAGUUCCUUAUUUUUUACCUGAGGAAAUCAGUGCCCAGAAAUGUUAAAUAAUUUGGUCAGGACCACGCACCCUUGAGAUGAAGAGUACUGAGCUUUUGAUUCCGAGUCCAGGUUUUGUUUUUUCACAUCUAAGAAAAGGAAUAAAUUAUGUUCAGUUUAACUUUAAUGUUGAGUCUCUUUAAUUAUAUUUUACUGCUUUGAAAUCGGGUGAUCUUUGUAUAGUAUAUGUGACCUGAGCAGAAAAUCAGAGAAUGCCAGAAAGCCUGAACUACAGCCAUAUAAACCUUAACAAGGGAAAGAAACAAUGUUUUUUUUUUUAAACAGAAUAGAAACCACUUACUGGUUUAACUGCUGGCAGGUAGAAUGUGCCCAACCAUCCUGUUUGUGGCUUCAGCUCUCAUUGUUUCUUUUCUUUCUAGAUUUUGUAGGCACCAUCUUUCUUAAUGGCAGAAAAUAGGUAUCUGACAAAAUACAGGAUUCGUGCACUGUUUACAACCGUAUGGCCUUUUUUUAUUAUAGCCCUUUAUUGAUCUGAAUGUGCAGAAUGAAAGAACUGUAAAGAGAUUCAUGAUUAGGAAAAAUCAAGACCAUAAUAAACUCUACUAAAUAUCUAGGUUUCUUCCAGAGAAAUACCUUCUGUUACUCCAUAUAUUCUUUAAGCCCAGUUAUGAACUCAAAGAAUCUCAGUUGGCAUAGGAGAUAAAAAUUAAGUUUAAAACAUUAAGAACCCUGCUUUUUAAAAAGUUCAUACUUUAAAAUGUUCAACUUUUUAAUCAGGCUAGUGGUACUUUAAUACUCUGUCAAGAUCACUGUAGUGUGUACAUUCUAUUUUUAUAUAUAAAUGUUAACAUAAUUCAAGUAUUUUUUGCCUUCAUCAUUAAUGAGUCAUCAAGUUAAAUCCUAAAAAAAUAUCAGAAGCUUUAUUUUGGUACAAAUUCAUAAGAAUCAAACUUUUUUUUAACAUUGGCAUUAAGUAACACCAGUAAUUGUGAUACUUCUAUGCCAAAUCUGUUAUGUUGAACUUUUAGUCAUAUUAAAUGUAGAAGUUACAGGAAAAGUAAUUACAAUUGAAACUAAUGUUAUAUAAUUUUGAUUCUAAGAAUAAAUUAGGUAUUUUAAAAAACUA